AUGUCAUCGGGUCCUCACACUCCCGCUGAAGAUCUAAUGAGUGAUCCAAUCAACAAUACACUUGAUUCCCUCACUGCUACUGAGGACAUUGUAACAGAUCAUCAGGACGAUCGUUAUAAUGAAGACCGCCGACGUAGCAGAACAGAAGGUUAUCGAUGCAGGAGGUCACCCAGUAGAUCAUUAUCACCACGUCGGCGUUCUAGAUCUCCUCGUCGUUCUAGGUCGCCGAGGCGUGAUCGAACUCCCCCAGCUGUUAGACGUUCCCGUUCACCACGGACCCCACCGAGGGAUUACCCUGACUAUCGUCAAUUUAACCGUCGCCCACCGCACAGUGAUUCAGAUAAAGAUAGACAAGAAAGACGGGAUCGGGGUAUUAAUGGUAAUAGACACAGCUCGCGCGAACCCCAUAGAGACCGAGAUAGAAGAAACCGUUCUGUGGAGCCGAGGGAGACGAGGGAAAGGAAUUUACCUUCGCGUAAUAGUUUCAGACCAGAUAGGAAUUACAAUCAUAGUAGGUUAUCAGCACGGGAAACGGCAGCUAUAAAUGCCUCACAGAGGUCACAAAAAGAAUGCCGUGUAUAUGUAGGAAAUUUGGCAUAUGAAGUUAAGUGGGCACAGCUAAAAGAUUUUAUGCGUCAAGCUGGUGAAGUUGUAUUUGCUGAUGUUUUAAUGCAACCCAAUGGCAUGUCGAAGGGAUGCGGUGUAGUUGAAUAUCGUACACCUCAAGAAGCGCAACGGGCGAUUGAAACGCUUAACGACACUCAAUUAUUGGGAAGACCGGUUUUCAUUCGAGAGGAUCGUGAAACCGAAGCGAAAUUUGGUACUGGUCUGAGUGUUAAUAGGCCAGAAAGAAUGAUGCCAAUCCCAAAUAAUAACCAUCAGGCACCAAACACCAAUAAUGCUGGUAAUGCUGGAAGGCAGAUUUACGUUGGAAAUGAAACAUCAUUCGAGCAGACAUACUUGUUGGUCAGGAUAGGAGAUCUAAAGGGUCAGGGACUGUGCUGUUUGAAACACCAGGAGAUGCAGCAAAUGCGAUUUUUGAGAAAGGGGAGGAUUGAAGAACUAAUAUUGGGGUCAUUAAUGGUUAUUUUUAUUUUAGCUAUGUACGAUGGGUUCGAGAUGAAUGGUAGAAGGAUUGAAGUCCGUGAGGAUCGUUUUGCUGGGGGUCCACCACCACCAAGAUUUACAACUCGUCCAAAUCGUCCUUAUACGGGUCCGAAUAAUUAUGGUCAUGGUUCUACUGGAGGAUUUUAUGGACCAACAACCGUACCACCGACAGGAUAUGGUUCAGCUUACCAAUCCAUGGGCCCUGGUCCAGAACAAUACGAUGGAUAUGGUGGAGGAUAUAAUGAUUUUAAUGCUGCUGGUGCAAGUUUGAUGGAUUAUAACGGCGGUGGAUUUGGUGGAGGUUAUAUGCCCCCAUACGAUGGUACAGCUGGAGGAUAUGACGGAUCGGCGGGUUACUUUCCUCCUGGGACGGCCGGUGGGUCAGGAACUCAAAUCUUUGUCAGAAAUCUACCAUUUACAACAACCAAUUUGGACCUGAGUGAGCUCUUUAAGCAUUGUGGUAAUGUCCUCAGGGCAGAGAUCCUGGAGCUAAAUGGAAGGCCAAGAGGUGCUGGAGUUGUGCAGUUUGAUUCAAACGAAUCAGCACGUUUUGCCAUUGAAAAAUUUGGUGGAUAUACGUAUGGAGGUCGCAUUAUUGACGUGAACUUUGAUCGAUAUGCCUAA